AUGAACUGUAUGCCAAGUGACUCGAACGGGGUUCAUGCAGCGUCUGAAAUGCAGUUGGCCCAAUCUGAGCAUGCCAGUUCUCACACAGCGUCGAAAUUGCAGAGCUGCUCGUCGCAGGACAGAACGGCACAGGACAAACCUUCCUGUAAAGUCGCUCUUGAUUCAUCGAAAGAAAGCGCUGAUACGUCAUCUCGGUCAGAGUACUACCGCUUGAUGUAUGCUUGCUUACAGGAGAAGUUUGAUUAUGUGCAAGCAAGUACUGAUAGACUGCGUGAUCGCCUGUAUCAUGUCAAGAAAGAAGUCACCUAUCUGAAGAGAAUGAAGCGUGUUUUUGAUUCGUCGGCUAGCACGUUAUGGCGGAAGGAGCGCCGAGAAAGGGAGCGUGAAAGAAAAGAAGCCAUCAGGGCUGCCAAGAGAGCUCAAGCUGGCCUCAGGGAAGAGAGCAGUACAUCUAGUCAUGCAUUUCUACACUCCUCAGGCAUAGUCGGCACAGAACAAAGUUCUUCUCAAGUAUGUUGA